UCGUGACGCCUAACUGACUUGUGCUUCCUUUCUGGAGUCUGAGCUCAUUUCCUGGUUUAUCUCUUAGUCUUUCACUGCUCUUUUUCCCUGUGUUUUUCUCUACUUCUCACUCUCUGACCGCCUGUUGUAUAGUACAUGGUACAGACUGUUCGUUGUGCUAACUAGUGGAGGACCGACAAUAGGAAACUGCUAAUUUGAGAAGAAGUUUAAAUUGAUUUCGAUUUGUUCUCUUUCUCCUUUCACUUACCAAGUUCUAACGAAACAUACUCAAACAACAAUAAUUAGUGACUUAUCUCACGUAUGUUGUAGUCUAGCGAGCCAAUCAGGACUUUAUUUUCCAUUUGUCAUUCUCAAAGGUAUUGUAAUCCAACAUCUCUCCCGUCGACAUGUCUAUCUUCUCUUCGCCGGCUGUCAAGCGUCUCCUUGGUUGGAAGCAAGGUGACGAGGAUGACAAGUGGGCUGAAAAAGCCAUUGAUUCUCUCGUUAAGAAGUUAAAGAAGCAAAAGGGUUCUUUGGAAGAGCUAGAACGUGCCCUUUCCCAAGCCAAUCCACAGACACACUGCGUGACAAUAGCCCGCAGUCUUGAUGGUCGCUUGCAAGUGUCCCACAGAAAAGGGCUGCCACAUGUUAUAUACUGUCGUGUGUGGAGAUGGCCUGAUCUACAAAAUCAUCACGAGCUGAAGCCACUUGAUCAUUGUGAGUUUGCCUAUUCAAGAAAUAAAGGAGAGGUAUGCAUCAACCCUUACCAUUACAAGAGAGUUGAAACACCAGUUUUACCACCAGUUUUAGUACCACGUAACCCACAACUCAUAGCAACACUUUAUGAACCUGUGCCAAGCUAUCUGGAUAAACAACGUGUUGAAAACUCACCAGCUCAUUACCAUAACUUCGAUUUACCAGAGACUCCACCUCCAGCUUAUUCUGAAACAGGAUCUCCUUCACCAUCAGAAGCUACAAGUAUUGACCAAUCUCUGUCUGCAUCAAGUAUGGUCAGUUCUCCUCCUGAUCUAUCUCCAUCUUCAAUGGUGUCUCCAUCACCAGAUUCUGGAACUGUUGCCGUACAAUACCAAGAACCUCCAUAUUGGUGUAGUAUAGUUUACUAUGAGUUGAACAAUCGGGUAGGAGAAGUGUUUAAAGCAUCGCUCAAUGAUGUCGUUGUAGAUGGAUUCACCGACCCCUCUACUACUGGAGAUAGGUUUUGUUUAGGUCUACUCUCAAGCGUUCAUCGUAAUUCAACAAUUGAAAACACUCGUCGCCACAUCGGUAAAGGUGUUCACCUUGUGUACGUCAAUGGCGAAGUUUUUGCAGAAUGCCUCAGUGAAAAUUCUAUUUUUGUACAGAGUCGAAAUUGUAAUUCUUCCCAUGGAUUUCAUCUAACUACAGUGUGUAAAAUUCCUCCAGGCUGUAGCCUAAAAAUAUUCAAUAAUCAAGAUUUUGCUAGCAUGUUAGCUCAGUCUGUUCAUCAAGGAUUUGAAUCAGUUUAUGAACUUACCAAGAUGUGUACGAUAAGGCUUAGCUUUGUCAAGGGGUGGGGUGCUGAGUAUCACAGACAAGAUAUAACUAGUACUCCUUGCUGGAUUGAGAUACAUCUUCAUGGUCCUCUCAUGUGGCUUGACAAGGUCCUAUCACAAAUGGGUAGGCCUGGGGGAAUAUGUGAUUCUAACUCUUGAACUUUUAUAUUUUUUCUAAUUAAUUCUUUCUCCCCAAUUGUGAGGUGCUCUUCAGAGAAAUCUGGUUAUUAAUUUAAUUAAAACUUCUUAAAUUUCUCAAAAAUAAUCUUAUAGUACUUUGUCUGCAGAAUAAUUUUUCAUUAGGACAGUUUUUUCUCUAUUUAAUUUUUGUACCAUUCAUAUUAUUUUUAUUAUUGUCAUGGGAUUGUUCCAAGUUAAUUUCAACAGAGGAAUUACGACAGAAA